AUGGAGGCUGAGGGGCCGCCCCAAGCCGGCAGAUGCUGUCCUGAGACCCUGGGGAAGCUUCUGCCAGGCCUCUGCUUCCUCUGCUGCCUGGUGACCUAUGCACUGGUGGGUGCUGCGCUCUUCUCUGCCAUCGAGGGCCGACAGGCCCCAGAAGCCAAGGACCCCGAGCUGGAGAAGUUCCUGACUGAGCUUUGCAGUAUUUUGGAAUGCAACAGGACAGUGACGGAGGGCAGGGACAAGGACUUGCUGAGGCACCUGCAGAAAGUGAAGCCCCGGUGGUUCCAGGCCCCGGAGGACUGGUCCUUCCUGAGUGCCCUGUUCUUCUGCUGCACGGUGUUCAGCACGGUGGGUUACGGCCACAUGUACCCCGUCACCCGGCUUGGCAAAUGCCUGUGCAUGCUCUAUGCUCUCUUUGGCAUCCCUUUGAUGUUCCUGGUCCUCACGGACAUAGGGGACAUCCUGGCAACCAUCUUGUCCGGGGCUUACAGUCGGUUCCGAGCGCUCCUUUUCCUGCCCCACACUCCCUCUGAGUGGUGCUCCCGCCUGCUCUGCAGGAGGAGGCCUGACAGCAAGCCUGAGGAGGAAGCCGUUCCUCGGAUAGUCAUCAACACCGACUCGGAGGAGCUCCCGGACCCCCAGCUCAGCAGAGGACCUUCAGCCCCAAGCAGCAACACAGAGCUGUUUGAGAGACUAGUUGCGCGAGAGAAGCAGAACGCGCUGCAGCUGCCGGCAAGGGCCAUGGAGAGGAGCAACUCGUGUCCCCAGCUGGCGCUGGGGCGGCUGUCCUGCUCCAUUCUCAGCAACCUGGACGAGGUGGGCCGCCAGGUGGAGAGGCUGGACAUCCCGCUGCCCGUCAUCGCCCUGGUGAUCUUCGCCUACAUCUCGUGCGCCGCGGUCAUCCUCCCCUUCUGGGAGACGCAGCUGGACUUCGAGGAUGCUUUCUAUUUCUGCUUCGUCACGCUGACCACCAUCGGGUUCGGGGACAUCGUGUUAGUUCACCCUCACUUCUUCCUCUUCUUCUCCAUCUACAUCAUCGUCGGCAUGGAGAUCGUGUGCAUUGCGUUUAAGCUGAUGCAGAGCAGGCUUCUGGGCAUCUACAAACACACCAUGUUGUUCUUUGCACAAGGGAAGUUUUGCUACUUUGGGAAAAAGUGA